AUGGCUGAUACACAGCAACUCGGCGCCUCAGAAGGCAACAUGGUGAAGCGUAAGCGUGAGAGCACUGAUAGUGGCGGUCCAGACUCGCAACGCCUGAACCGGUCUUCUCAUGGAAGUAAUGGCAGUAUCCCCGGCGCGGAUACCCAAAACUUCACACACAGCGCGCUUGGUUCUUAUGAUCAUGGCCUGCCAAACGCAGCGUCAGAGCUUAAUAUUGAUCAACAAAUCCUUCAGCAUGUCGGAACCCAAAAUGGGAUUACGGAUGAGAAUGCCCUUACUACUGCCAAAGCGGCGCUUGCUGCUCAUACCCCUCAGAACAAAUAUCCCCCGCCUCCAGAUAACACAUUCGACAACAACUUGGCGCACGGCCUGACAUUUGGAGACGAUAUCGGCCAGGGCAUCGGGACUACUCACAACCACAACUCCACUGCCGCUGCAGUAUAUGCCGCCCGUGAAGCACAGAGCAUGAGCCAAAAGCCCUCCGUUGGCUCACCUGAAUGGCAUCAAAUCCGCAAGAAUAACCACAAAGAAGUUGAACGCCGGCGCCGUGAAGCAAUCAACGAAGGUAUUAACCAGAUUGCUCGCCUGGUACCAAACUGCGACAAGAACAAGGGCGCGAUACUACAACGCGCUAUUGAAUACAUCAACCAAUUACAUGAAGAUAAGCGCCAAAUGGGCGAACGAUGGGAGCAGAGCAAUAUGACAACGAGCCACGCUAUAAACGAAAUCAGUUCCCAAAACUCGAAGCUAAAGGUAGAGGUCAACCGCCGCGGCGAUAUUGCACAGAAGUGGCUGCAACGAUGUCGCGAUGCAGGGCUCGAAUUCGACGAUUAUGAAGAGUCCAAGGAGCUUGAAGCUCUCGACAUUGACCAAAACCAGGUGUAA